AUGCAUGUAUAUCACAAAGAAAUGGGGUUUGAGAAAAAGAAUUUAAAAGAAUAGUUGAACUAGUUUAGAAAAAUAUUAUUUAUCCUAUUAGAAGAUCCUUCAUCAAGUAGAUUAGCAGGAUUAAUAUAAUUUAUAAUUUGUUUUACCAUAUUGCUAUCUUAAGUUUAAGUACUUUGUGAUUCGCUAUUUGACAAGUAAAUGCAUUAAUUUGAACUAGUAAUUAAACCUAUAAUGAUUUAAGCAAUAAUUGUGAAAUCCUUAUUUUUGUUGUUUUUGCUCUGGAAUAUUUACUCCGAUUGUCAACAUAUACUGUAUAUGGAUAUCCAAUAAAGAAGUUUUUACUUUAACAUAUGAAUAUUAUAGGUAGAUUAAUUAUUAAUUAUAGAUUUGUUAUCAAUUGCUCCUCUUGGAAUAAUUUCAUUAAUGUAUGGUAAAACUGCAUUAAAUGGAUUCAGAAUUCUGAAAAUGUUCAAAGUUAUUAGAAUAUUAAAAGUAAAGAGAUAUUUAAAAGGAGUAGAUAUUUUGUAUAAAAGUGUAGCAGAUUGCAUUUCUUAGUUUUACUUCUUAAUAAUAGCUUUUUUAUAAAUAACUCUUGCUUAUGCUAUAGUAUUAUAUUAUUCAGAACAUACAGAAAAUGAUUUAGAAAUACAAAAUGCAGUUUGGUUAGGGAUUGUCACAAUGACUACUGUUGGAUAUGGAGAUUAUGUUCCAAAAUCUAUAAUUGGUAUAAUAGUAACUUGCAUUAUGGCAUUAAUGGCUAAUACAGUCAUUUUUUCACUUCCUGUGGCAAUUCUUAAUAUUGAAUUUUAAGAACUUUAUGGGAGCAAAAAAGAGGCAGAGUAAAUUAGCUUGCUUAAAAAGGGUAUGAGAUCUGGAAGAAGAGAUUCAAUUAAGAAUAAGGAAUUCAGUUUUUUUAAUUAGAGAUUAUAAAUAAUAGAAUAAAGAAAUAAAGAAAUUUAAGAGUUGUUAAAUAAAAGCAAUAAGAUGGCAAAGGAGCUUACAAAAGAUUUGAAAAGAUUAUUUCUGUCAGUUAAUGAUGAUGCAGAUUAACUUUUAGAUAAUUUAAAUUCACCAAGGCUUACUAAAUAGAAUGUAUUAUUAGUUAAAGCAAAUCUCUAUGAUAAAUUGAUAAGGGCUAAAAAGAAAAUUUAGAUCACUAAUAUUUUCAGAAAUUUAAUCUAAGAUUCUGAUUAAGAAAAAAAUGAAAGCCCUUUAAAUCAAACAGUAUCUGGUUAAAUAAGCAAAUAAAAAAGUUUUUUUAGAGUGAUGUCUGAACGAAAUAAAAAUAAAAGAAAAAUAGGAAUAAAAAGUCAUUCUUGUGACAAUAUUAAUUAAUUAAUAAUAAUCAAAAAUGAAGAGUAUGGAGAAUUACCUUUCGAUUUUUUAAAUGAAGUUGUUUUAUAAAUUCAUAAUGAUUUGUUAUAUGAUAUUGAUGAACAUCCUAUAAAUUAAUAAAAGCAUUCUAUUAUCAUACCUGAAAGUAGUGAAAUAAUUAAUAGAGAACCAUCAUUUAGAAUAAGUUCAUUAUAGUAUGCAUAAUAAUUAUAUUUAAGUGGUUUUGACAGUCCUAUGAAUAAACUUAAUCAAACAAAUUGUGGAAGUCCAAAUUAAAUUCGAAGAAAAAUAUCUGAUUUUACAAGUUUAGUAGACAAAAAAUAAAUUAUUAAUUUAAAAAGCACUUAUAUUUCUCCAUUAGUACUUCAUGAAAGUGGUUUUAGAAGUAUUACAGAAAUGUCUAAAAGCAAAAAGAAAAAUUCAUACACAAAAUAGGAAAUUGAUGAAAUGCAUUAAAAAACUAAACCUAGAAUACCCCAUUAAUUUGUUAAUUACAACAAUAAUCUUAAAGAUCUAGAUAGUGGUUUAAAAAAAGAUGAGUUUCAACAGAAAUAUUCCAGAGCCUCUAUAGUUGAUCUAUAUUCUCCUCAUUAAAUAUACUUAAAUAUACAAGAUUAAUGUUCUUGUAUUGAAUGCCAAAAACAAUAAUAUUGA